AUGAAGCAAAAACGCAAGAAGUCAACACAAGAACUGUUAGCAAGCUUACGAGGACAACAAGUUGAUAAUAUAAGCAUUCAAGAUUUGCAGCAACAAGUUAAUGGGGAUCAACAAGAUGACCAACAUGAAAAUGAGAACACAAUAACUCCUACAAUUAGUGAUACUUUGACUGGAGAAGUUACAACUCAAAAGAUGCAACCAGAUCGAGUUUGGAAUUUGGAAAAAAAUCAAAAAAUCAUGGUGGAACUCAACGGAGAUGGACAAGGAAGUGAUAAUGGUUCAAACUUACUUGUGAAAUUUCUUGGCAAACUUUUUCAAAAGUCAGUAUUUUGUCCCAUAUCAGUUGAGAGAUGGGAUAGGAUGCCAGAGGAGAAUUUCGAGUUUGAUUAUGCUGUUGGAAUUAAAUGGGUGAUGCAUUCUUUACGCGAUAGAUGGAGGACCUAUAAAUAUAAGUUAAGAUGUGACCACUUUUAUCCUAACAAACGUAAGGAAGAGAUACUUGCUAAUCGUCCGGCAAACGUGGAUUCUAAUGAUUGGACUGCGUUUGUUCAUCACUAUAAAGAAGAUAAGAUGAAGCUAUUAGUUUUUGUUGUAGAAAUUGGUAUCCCACUCUNUAAGUUAAGAUGUGACCACUUUUAUCCUAACAAACGUAAGGAAGAGAUACUUGCUAAUCGUCCGGCAAACGUGGAUUCUAAUGAUUGGACUGCGUUUGUUCAUCACUAUAAAGAAGAUAAGAUGAAGACACAAAGUGCACAAAAUACGAGAAAUAAAACAAAACUUAAAGUCUCGCAUGUCGGUGAUAGUAAAAGCAAUGCAAGGAGAGGUCGUCAAAUGGAACAAAAAUUGGGAAGGCCGGUGUGCCGAAGUGAAGUUGUAUUGCCAACUUUAUUGAAAAAGAAUGGUAAUUAUGUGAAUGAAGAGGGGAAAAUUUUAGCUCAUCUACCUGAAGAUCAAGAACAUGCUGCUACUUUAGGUGUUCCAUUUAAGAUAUUGGCCCAUCCUAAUGACGCCAUUGGAAAAGUGUAUGGAGUUGAACAUUCUGAUCGUGUGCGUGGUAUAGGUGGUAAUGUUUGUCCUUCAACUGCUUUUGGGAUGCCUAGACAUUCAAUUAGUCAUGCAAAUGUUGGUAGUUCCAAUAAUAUGUCUCAUCAACGUGUUGAAGACCUAGAGAAACAUGUAGAAAUUUUGGAAGAGAAGCUGAUCGGAUAUGAAGAGACCAAAGAAAAACUUGAUGAGACCAAGGAAAAGCUUGAGGAAACUAAGAAACGACUUGCGCAAAAUGAGGAUCACUUGGCAACUCUUCAUAGGUUUUUACAAGCCAAAUUUGGUAGUAAAUUGCCUACUUUCAACAUAGAUUCUUCUUAG